GCUCCCUCCUGAUCCAGCCACGCAGCUGAUAGCUGCUGUUGACAGGUCAUUUCAUGGCUGUCAACAAUGUCGGGCUCUCCGCGUCCUGUCCAGCGAAGGAGAAAGCGUGAUUCAACCACGCAGGCAUUGGAGCAUUUGAACGGCCUCAUGAACACACAAAAGCGCCCUGUCCCAAUCGCCAAACCUCAUGCAUCGACACCGCAUCCCUCGCGUCGGUUUACGUACUCCGGCAAGCGAGAUUCUCCUGACCAUGCCACUCAGCUUCCAUCCCCCAAGACUCUACCAACGAAGCCCCGGCGCGCUCCCCCGACCGAAUUGCUCACUCCUCGCCGGUCAUUCAGGAUCUCGGCACCACUUAUCGAAGGGCCUACCCCGGCUGGAAGCACGCGAACAUUGCGACAUCAUGAAAUCCCAGAGGUUAGGCAUGGAAUUGGCGAGCAAUUGGAGGAGCCAAACGAAGAGGUAGUCCCGGAAGAGACCAGUGCCGGAAAUGUCGCUCACACGGAUGGCGGACAAACAGAGUCUAAGGAUCAAGCCGUAUCCGACGAACCAAGUGAUGAUGAACUAGGCCGUGAGGAUGAAGGCGCCGUACCGGCAAAUGACGAAAUGCUAGAUGGGGAGGGCCUCCGAUCGGAAGUGGAGCUUUUUUCAGACGAUGAUAACCAAACCACCUUUGCCCAGUCGAGGCCGCCCUCAUCUUCCGGGCAUGAGACACCUACUCGUAUGCAACCCGAGAGACCGCAGGAUGCCAAGAAAGGAAUCAACUCCGAACCAGUACAACCCAAUGGUGAUGUUAACGGGAAGAAGGGGAAAGAUACACCUGAACAACCGGCUGAUAGGCAGCACUCACACUCAAGUGGCCUGUCACCUACAAAUCGGACGCCAAUGAUUGCGGUCGAGAUCACGAGGAUAGAAGAAUAUUCUUCGUCUAUAUCCGUUAUGACGGAGGGCCACCACUCUAGUAAGAAUUCAAUGGCUGAUAACGCGCGGAUAUCCGAUCAGGGCGCCAACAUAGGAGACGCUACGCUAGACGAGGACUCAAUAUUUCAGCCUCCAGAAGAUUCCUCGUCUUCGGUGCCCUCUCCUGACCCUAGCUCAUCCGAGUCAGAUUCUGAGCGUCACUCUGCUAGAACGAGCCCAGAGGCCCCAAGUCCACCCAGGCAUUCCAACAAACGGAAACGCGCAGUUACCAGUUAUCAGGAAGCAACCAGUCAAGUGAACAUACAACCUGAACGGGAAUCGCCCUGGUCACCUCAAGAAGCUAGCCCUCUGGUUUUCAGGAACAAUCGACUCAAGAGCCGGCGCUCCCACAGCCAAGAGGACCCCACCAGCCACCAUGCUACACAAUCUGUCCAGGAAGAGCUUGUUGCACAAGAACCAAUCGGCCAAGGAGAACCCGCUGCCGAAGAGCCUCCUGUCCAAGAGCAGGGGCGUAGACCCGAACGUCUGGAGGAGAGCUCGUGGUUCAAGGAAGCUUCCGAACUCGAUGAUCAGGGCCCCGACUGGAAAAAGCUGAUCCAAACGGUGCACAAUCUCGAAAAACAAUCUCGUCGCAACCGAGCUGCUGACUUUGCGGGUAUAAUGCGUGAGAUAUCUUGCUUAAUUGCAACUUAUACGGAUAUUGUUGAUAACUUGAGGGAUGAAAUUGGGCCUUCCAAUCAUGACGUGCGCGCAUGCGCAGUCUCUCUGAAGAAGAUCGCGAUGCAGGGACGUGGUCACUUGGAAGACGUCUACAAUUUGUCUACUGAAGGGAAUAAGGACAGAAGCGGAGAUCUCGUUGAGGGAUUCGAGGGGCAUGUUAUUCCGCUUCUCGUGCAACUUAUUCUGGUCUGUUUCCAGGCCUACUACGCUAAAAGCAAACUCUUUCCUGAGGCAUACAAUCACCUACAUCAAGCUCUGGAAGGGCUGCUAGGAUGCUGCGAUCAAAUCCACGGUCUGAUCAAAGGAAGUUAUGUGCACUGUCGCGCCUUCAGCCUUGGGGUCCGCCUGCCCUUGAGGCAGCUCAUCAAAUCUUUCGAGCACCAGCGCUUGAAGAGACGCCACCUUUCUCAGAGCGCAGAGUCUGACGUUAGAAACCGCACAGUUUCUCCUACACUCAGUAAGGGGCAGCGCGAAUGGACCGAUGAGGAGGGACAUGCUCUAGUAGAGGGGUUACAGCGGUUCCAAGGUCCCAACCGGUAUUAUCAAAUUUGCAGUUUCUACUCCGAGGGGAUUGGCAAACGUGGGAUGAGGGAGGUGCGCAAAGAGAGUGAGCGACUGUACCACCGGAUCUUACCCCAGAUCAGGGAAUCGGUGCGGACGGACAAGGGACGUCAGGAAUGGGGAUGGCUGCUGAAGGUGAGAGAUUGACGGAUGCUUCAAUUUUUGUGUGUUCAGCGCAGCGCCAGCCGAUGUGGCUGGAUGUCAGAUACCCUGUUGUUUUGAGAGACUGUCGUAUGAGUGUUCCAAUCAACGAGCUUGCAGUCUAUAGAGCCGGAACCAUGG